UGUGCAGCAGUAAGCCGGGGUCUGCGGGGCGCGGGCCGCGGCGGGCGGCGGCAUGGAGGAGCUGAGCAGCGUGGGCGAGCAGGUCUUCGCCGCCGAGUGCAUCCUGAGCAAGAGGCUCCGCAAGGGCAAGCUGGAGUACCUGGUCAAGUGGCGCGGCUGGUCCUCCAAACACAACAGCUGGGAGCCCGAAGAGAACAUCUUGGACCCGAGGCUGCUCCUGGCCUUCCAGAAGAAGGAACAUGAGAAGGAGGUGCAGAACCGGAAGAGAGGCAAGAGGCCCAGGGGCAGGCCAAGGAAGCACACAGUCAUGUCCUCCUGCAGCCGGCGCUCCAAGCUCAAGGAACCAGAUGCACCGUCCAAGUCCAAAUCCAGCAGUUCAUCCUCUUCCUCCACAUCUUCCUCCUCUUCCUCAGACGAAGAAGAAGACGAUGACGACGACAGCGACCUGGACUCCAAGAGGGGAUCCCGGGGCCGUGAAACCCACCCGGUGCCUCAGAAAAAAGCCCAGAUCCUGGUAGCCAAGCCAGAGCUGAAGGAUCCCAUCCGAAAGAAGCGCGGACGCAAGCCUCUACCCCCGGAACAGAAGGCAGCUCGGAGACCGGUAAGCCUGGCCAAGGUGCUAAAGACCACCAGGAAGGACCUGGUGACCUCAGCCCCCAAGCUGCCGCCUCCACUUAGUGCUCCUGUGGCAGGCCUGGCUGCCUUGAAAGCCCACACCAAAGAGGCCUGUGGCGGCCCCAGCACUAUGGCAACCCCAGAGAACCUGGCCAGUCUGAUGAAAGGCAUGGCCGGGAGCCCCAGCCGAGGCGGCAUCAGCUGGCAGAGUUCUAUCGUACACUACAUGAACCGCAUGAGCCAGAGUCAGGCUCAGGCCGCCAGCCGGCUGGCGCUCAAGGCCCAGGCUGCCAACAAGUGCAGCCUCGGGCCGGACCUGAAAGUGCGGACGCAGAAAGGGGAGCUAGGGGUGAACCCCGCAGGAAGCAAGGUUCCCAAGGCCCCUGGCAGUGUUGCUGCAGAGCAGCAGAGAGGGAAUAAUUCGGGGAGUCCAGGUUCCCAGCUGCCACCCACUCAGGAGUUGAGCCUUCAGGUCCUUGACUUACAGAGCGUCAAGAACGGUGUGCCCGGUGUGGGCCUGCCUGCUCGCCAUGCCACAGCCACCAAGGCUAUUCCUGCCACCAACACAGCCACGGGGAAAGGUCCCGGGAGCGGCCCCACAGGAGUAAACGUGACCAACGCUCCCACAGACACCAACAAAGGGGAAAAACUGACUUGCAAGACAGCGGCUCUGCCUGCCCCUUCUGUCAAGAGGGACACCGCUAAAAGCAUUGCUGCCUCCGGUGGGCAGGAGGGCCACACAGUCCCCGGAGAAGGUCAGAAGCCACCUGCACUCUGUGACAUGAGCACGGGGGAGGAGAACAGCAGUUCUGACUCAGACCCCGACUCAUCCUCGCUGCCUAGUGCUGGGCAGAACCUGUCGGUAGCUGUCCAGACCAGCCAGGACUGGAAACCUACCCGCAGUCUCAUCGAGCACGUCUUCGUCACGGAUGUCACAGCCAACCUCAUCACUGUCACCGUGAAGGAGUCCCCCACCAGUGUGGGCUUCUUCAACUUGAAGCAUUAUUGAGACCAUUGCCCAAGUCAGACCUGCCUUCCAGUCUCUGGUUUCGCUUUGAUGCCUGACCUGGGGGGGGGGGGGCAGCUCUGCCUUGUCCUGAGACUCUGGGCUGGGAAAUGGCUUCCUGCUGAUUCUACCUCUCUGGGCCUCCACUUCAGUCUGUCCUGUCACCUCAGGAAAGCCAGGUGGCCACUGACUUGAAAGCAGGCUGCUUGGAAAAGGCAUUUUUUUCUAGAGUCCCUCCCUGACUUAGUGAGACCCUCCCCAUCGAUGCCCAACUACCAGGAGGUGGGGGAGGGGAGGGGCUGCUGAUAGAGCUCCCUCCCCAGGCCAGUGAGGAGACGGGUGGGGCUGGCAGGACCUUCUCUCAAGUCCACCUGUGGCAGGGCCUUUCUGGUGAGGGAGGCAUUCUGUGCUUUGCAAGUAAGGCUAUAUUGCUUCAUUUCUUAAAAAGAUAACUAGUUGUGAAGUUGGGCUCAGGGACCCUGCAGAACUCUUGAGUCUCUCUAUCCCUGGUGUGGCGUCCUCACUAGCUGCGACUGUAGUCCCAGAGCCCAGCCAGGGUUUGGAGUUCCGGCACUAAGAUGUACCUGGGUGUUACUGGACUUGGGAACAGAGGGAAUUGUGUUGUUACCACCUCCUUCCUGCAAGCAGGCCUGAGCUCCAGUGAGCUCCCAGACCCCUGCUUUGGCCCACUAAGUUGUACCCUAGUUCUGAGGUCUUGACACUCCUGGGCUUGGGGGAGGAGUGGGGCUAGAAACCCAGAGCAGGCUAAAGUAGAAGCCAGGAGUCCUGGGCGAGCAAUUUUCCCCACUUGGAGUUCUUUUUUUUAACAAGGGUCCCCUAAGUCACCACGGUAGCUCCAGUGUGGGAAUAAAGGUGUUUCAUGGGGGCCUGUCUAGACUGGACAUCUCUAGACUGCUGCGUAAGCAUUUCCUGUAGUCAGUCCUGGUGCAGAGAUCCCUACCUGGUGAGUGAGCCACUCUUGGGUCCCGUUUCCCUGACAAUCCUCUCCCGCGUUUGGGAGCUUGUGUUUCCUUCCUCCCUGAGAAGCAAUAUCCCUAUGCCUUUUGUGUGGUGGGGUAGUUGGCAGCCCACCUGGCAGAGGGCCCUAAUUCCUUCCCUCUCUUUAGGAGACGAGCUAGUUCUAAGCUCCUUACCAGAUGCCUUCUCCCCUGUCCCCCAUCCCAGGUAGCCGUCUUGAAACUACCUUGUCAUAUUGCUGGCCGAUGUCAGGAUUGUCUGUCCUGGAAUAUCACUGUGGGCCAUGACAAUCCGGUCAGUGAGUCUGUAAUGCCAAAAAGUGGGGGUGGUGUGAAACCCUUGUUUCUACUUCUGCCAUUGACUGAUCAGCCAGCGGGUAUGGGCUCUCACUCCAGUGGCCUUGAAGGGAAGCCUUUCCCCUUCUAAAACCAGCCAGACAGGGGGCUGAGGUGUCCGGGACCUGCCAUGCUUUCAGAGUGCAUCCCACCCCUGCCCCCCAGUAGCUCACUCUGCACACCAAAUAAGACAGACGGUCUUUGUGUAACCAAACCGACCUCAGCACUGUGCCUUUUGGGGACAGACCCACAUCCAUGGCCCCUAAGAGGUGCCUGUGAUGUGCCAGGGGGCCAUGUCACUGGCAGCCGGAGCUACCGGUGGGAAUUCAGGACCAAGAAGUGGGUAGCAAGGGGCAAAGAGUUACCUACUGGGCCAUCGGCUUCCUUCCCUGCCCCCAGCCAGGGUCCUUUGCUUCCUCACCCAAGGUCUGCAGCUUCUGUGUCAGACACUGCCUUACAGGCACCUCCAUGUCUUUUGGGGGUCCCAUGAGCUAUUGGAGAAGUGAUGGUGUUUGGGGAUCUGGGUUGACUGGCCUUUGUCCCCUGCUGCCAGUCUCCAAAAACCCCGAUUUGGUGCCUUUUUUAUUUUACCGGUUAUGUAAGUCCCAAAGUUGAAAUCUACAAAUCCUUUCCUCUCAGCCACUUUGCCUUCUCGUGUUUUUCUUUCCUGGUGCUGUGACCCCAGCGGUCUGUUACAAAGCAUACGUGUGUAGUGCGCCGGCGUGAGAGCCCCACUGGAGCGGCACCAUACGCUCCGAGUCAAGUUCUCGUGUUUACCAAUAAAUAAAGUAGUUGGUUUUUAUGCUU